CUCGCGGGCACAAAACCGCGCAAAAAAGCUUAUCCGUUUAAUCGACUUAAACCCUACUACAACCCUAACUAAUGACCUUCCAUCCUCCCUCGUUGAUGCCUGAAGUUCUACAAUCCACUCGUACUUUCGUAUAUGCGUCUCGACUCGAAACUUGGACAAACCCAUCGCCUCUGCAACAAAAUUUCAUACAAGAAUCUCUGUCGUUGUUCGUGCAAGCUUCGUCACUUCGGUUCAUUUACGUGAAUCUUAUAGCAUUGACGGCUGACAUUUUAUUGUCACCUUUUUGCUGAAGCUGCUAUGCCUGGCCAACUUCUACCCAUCCGUUUGAUCAACAGUUCUGUUUCAGCCAGAGGUUUCUCCAGUAUGAGACAUGCUGCAAACUUUCAAUGUUCUCGAGGAGUCUCCAAUUUCCGCCAGGUAUUUCCUUUUAGGUUGAAGUACCUGGCGUUUUCGAGAAAGCUAGGGUUUCCUGUGUGGGUAAAUAAAGAAUCUGGAGUCCGGAGGUUUUCGAGCCGUUCAUUUCUGUCUAGAAAUGGUGGAGGUGGUAGUGACAGUAGGUCUAGUAGGAAUUUGGAGUUCGAACGUAGUCGUGGAAUGGAGAGAGGAGAGUUUCAGGCGGGGGGUUUUGGAGGGAGAGGUGGACAAACGAAGAGUCUCGUUGAGGACGAAGCCGAGCUUAGUGAUUGGAUCGAUGAAUUGAGGAAAGAUCCUAUCCGACUUGGACUGAGCAGUGAAAGCGAUGAUUCAGACAUGGGAAGUAGUAAGGGUAGGGGUAGGGAUGAAUUUUCAUCCAUGAAGAACCGGAGAGUCGGGACUUCGCGUUCGAAGAGGUGGAGAGACAGUGAUUCUGAUGAUUUUGCUGUUUCUCAGGGGAGCAAGUCCCGGGGCACAAAGGGAUCAUUUUCAAGGGAUUCAAGGUUUUCCUUAUCUGAAUCAAAGAGGCGAUUCCGUAGUGAAUCAGAGGAGGAUGGAGAUGAAGACUUUUCCCCAAGAAGAAGGGAUAUUGGGUCUCGGGGUGCUGCUGUCCCUGUGAAGAGCGGUGGGAGAAAUUCGAAUUUGAGCUAUGGGGGUAGGAAUUUGCAAAGAGGGGGGAAGGGUUCUAGAAGGCAACCCCCUCUGAUUUCUGAAGAUGAUGAGGAUGAAGAUUUGCCAUCUAAUUUUGGGGAUUUGCUAAGCGAGGAAGGUAGUGAGGAAAGUGAUGAUAAUGACGAAUUUGAGGAUGCAAAUUUGUUGCCCGGAUCAGCGAAAGAAGCUAAUGUGCAGACAAUGCCUAAAAGUUCAACUGCGAAAACUGAUUCUUAUCUAAGUCAGACGAGAUUUGAUCAAUGUUCCCUCUCUCCCUUGUCACUAAAGGGAAUAAAGGAUGCUGGAUAUGAGAGAAUGACUAUGGUGCAGGAGGAAACUCUCCCCAUCAUCCUGAAAGGCAAGGAUGUCUUGGCCAAGGCAAGAACAGGCACUGGAAAAACUGUAGCAUUUCUGCUUCCAGCAAUUGAAGUAAUUGUAAAAUCACCUCCCAUUGACCGUGAUCAAAAGAGGCCCCCUAUCAGUGUGCUUGUUAUAUGUCCAACACGAGAGCUUGCAACGCAAGCCGCUGCAGAGGCCAACACUUUGUUGAAGUAUCAUCCUUCUAUUGGUGUACAAGUUGUUAUAGGUGGCACAAGACUUGCUCUGGAACAGAAGCGCAUGCAAGCAAACCCUUGCCAAAUUCUUGUAGCCACACCUGGCAGGCUUAGAGACCAUAUUGAGAACACAGCAGGAUUUGCAACUCGGCUGAUGGGUGUAAAGGUGCUUGUCCUUGAUGAGGCUGACCAUUUAUUAGAUAUGGGAUUUCGAAAAGACAUUGAGAAGAUCAUUGCUGCAGUUCCGAAACAGCGUCAAACACUUCUAUUUUCUGCAACUAUUCCAGAAGAGGUCCGCCAAAUCAGUCAUAUUGCUUUGAGGCGAGACCAUGAAUUUGUAAACACAGUUGCGGAGGGUAGUGAGGAGACACACUCACAGGUCAUCCAGAAGCACUUAGUUGCUCCACUCGACAAGCAUUUUUCACUGCUAUUUGUUCUUCUAAAGGAGCACAUUUCAGAUAAUGUUGAUUACAAGGUUCUUGUAUUCUGCACAACUGCAAUGGUCACAAGACUUGUUGCUGAUCUUCUUUCUGAGCUGAACUUGAAUGUUCGGGAGAUCCAUUCAAGAAAACCACAGAGUUACAGAACCAGGGUUUCUGAUGAAUUUCGAAGGUCAAAAGGUCUUAUUCUUGUGACAUCUGAUGUAUCCGCUCGUGGAGUUGAUUAUCCAGAUGUUACACUAGUUAUACAGGUUGGUUUGCCGUCUGACAGAGAACAGUAUAUUCAUCGACUUGGUAGAACUGGCCGAAAGGGUAAAGAAGGGCAAGGAGUUUUGUUGCUGGCACCUUGGGAGGAGUUCUUUUUGUCAAGUGUCAAAGAUUUGCCAAUAGAAAAGAUCUCAAUGCCCUCAGUUGAUCCAGAUACAAAGAAGAAAGUGGAACGGGCAUUGUCCCAUGUAGAGAUGAAGAACAAAGCAGCAGCAUACCAAGCCUGGCUUGGCUUCUACAAUUCGAACAAGAUUGUAGGCCGAGACAAAUGCCGGCUUGUGGAACUUGCAAAUGAAUUCAGCAGGAGCAUGGGGUUAGACAAUUCUCCUGCCAUCCCAAAACUUGUUCUUGGAAAGAUGGGGCUCAGGAAUGUUCCUGGCCUGCGCUCCAAAUAGGCAGCGAGUCAUGCAAGUUGGUGCAUUCUCAAUCCUUGCAAUUCUUCAUAAUUUAUCACAAAGGAAUUUAACCGGUUUAAUUCAUUCGAGAAGUGCACUUUUCUCCCAUUUUGUUAUGUAGAAGGGAAACACUUAUACCACUUCUCUGCAGGCGGGAAUACUUCCACCAAGAGUUGUUGCUACUAGUGGAAGAUUUUCUUUGCUUUUGAAAAAAUGAAUUGAGAAGGGAAAAAAGCAAGAAAAUCCCUAUUUUAUUUAAGAAAAUCCUGGUGCUGCAGGCUAUAAUAGAUGUAGGUUUUCCGCUGUCUGAUCCAUGCAGUUGACAUGUUUCUGAC